AUGGAUGAUAAAAUAACACCAACAAAGUCGGGUGUAUUAUUGCAUUCAACAGAUGAAGAUUUUAUUCAAGUUCUCUUGAAAUUAUAUGACGACGCAACUUACAAAUAUUGGGAUACCCGAGUAUGCCAGAUAAUCGUUGAACACAUCUCAAAGAGUAAAAAAAGUGAAACGGAUGCUUUAGAAUUGCUUUUGACAAAAUUUGCGUCAUCAUCAGCAACAAAAGCAAAUUCAAAAUAUGCUUUACAAGCAAGUCUACUCGGAUUUUGCCAUCAAUAUGGCAUAGGAACACAAUGCAUGUCAAAAAAAACAUUCGAAUACUACAACAUCGGCGCAGAAUUAGGAGAUGGAUUUGCAUUAACACAAGUAGGAAUGUGCUUUCGUAUCAGCUGUGGAACACCCUACAAUUAUGAAAAGCUCAUAGAAUUCUAUGAGAAAGCAGCAAAAGCUGGACAUCCACAGGGCAUGGUUAAAUACGCUGAAUAUCAACACGGGAAAAUCUAUGCAUUUUGGACUCUAAAAGCAGCUGAAAAAGGAUUUCCGUCUGCUAUGUGUAGAGCUGCCGACUUUUAUAGGACGGGCAAAUAUGUCAAUAAAGAUUUACACCAAGCUUUGAGAUUUAUUUGUCCUGAUGAAAGCUAUAUGUUGCGUCAAAUAUUUCAAUUUUACUAG